AUGAUUGAAAUAUCGAAGAUUUGUUCUUAUUCCAAACAAAUGGCUCGUCUGCAGUCGAAUUUUAACUUCAUCUCAUCCUACUGCGAACCGACAUUUAAUGUGGAAAAAUAUCAAUCAAGUAAAACAGGAAUGAAACUAUACCAUAUCAAGCUACCAUUACCAUUAAUCAAACUUGAAAUCUGCGUACAAACGAAACCCUACGAUGAUACGGGAUGUGCGCAUACAUUAGAACAUCUAAUCUUCAUGGGUAGUCGACAGUAUCCUCAGCAAGGUUAUCUCGAUUAUAUAUCUGCUCAAUAUUAUUCCUUAGGCACAAAUGCGACAACGUAUCGUGAUAUGACAACGUAUGAAUUAACGACAGUUAACCAUCAGUCGUUAUUAAAACUUCUUCCUAUUUAUCUUGAUCACAUAUUAAAUCCGUUAUUAACAAAUGAUUGCUAUUUAACGGAAGUGCAUCAUAUAUCUGGUGAAACAGGAGAUGAUGCCGGUGUUGUUUACAGCGAAAUUCAAUCGAGUGAAAAUCAACCGGAUGAAAUACUUCUCUAUUCAGUUUUACGUGAUUUAUGGUCAGAUAAGUCACCGUACUAUUAUGAAUCAGGCGGUCGAUUAGAAGCCAUACGGAAUGAGUUAACGUUAGAUAAAAUCAAAUUGUUUCAUCAGAAAUAUUAUGUCCCGAAUAAUUUAGCGAUUAUUCUAUGUGGUGGCGGAAUCCAAAUUGAUGAGAUCUUAGGAGUUUUAAGUAAAUUUGAAGACGAAAAUUGUUCACAGUUAGAAAAUCGUCAUCGAAUUUCGCUGGACUAUUCACUGAAUGAAAAUUUAAGAAAGAAGAUGAAAUUCAAUAACGAUAAGUUUCCUUUCAUUAAAAUCAAACGUGCCAGUCUUGAUGAGAACUCGCUCUCAUCCGAGAAAAAUGCAGAUUCGAACCCUAUUGACACAACGAAAUUAUCUGUUCACUUGACAACAACAGGAACAACUACCGAUGGAAACGAUUCGUCAUUUUGUGACUCGGAAUUGAUGGUCUCGCAUGAAGAUUUGUCUGCUCCAUCGUCACCUACAACCUUAUGGUCAACAAUUGAAGUUGACACUUCCAUCAAUCACCGUCAUAUGAACGAAUAUAAGGAAAUUUUCUACCCUGUUGAAGACAAUGAUGAAAAUCUUGGUCAAGUUGCUUUCGGUUAUCGAUUAGAAUCGAUUUAUGAAAUGGAAAUUUAUACAGCACUGGAUGUUCUAUUAACAACUCUAUUCGACGAGGAUAUUUCCAUUUUUUACAAGGAAUUUAUGGAGAUACCGAAUACUUUAUGCUCGUCAAUUGAUCACGAUUGGUUCAAUUACCCGGAAAGAGUUCUAGUUGUUGUUUUCGAAGGUGUUGAGGUAGAUAAUCUAACGAUGGUUGCAGAUAAAUAUUCAUCUGUUCUUUAUUCAAUAAUCGAUUGUCAAAGAGAUAAUGACCAACUCUACACACAGCUACGACGAAAUAUAAAGAAGAAAAUUGAUUUACAUUUGAAUGAAAUCGAAAAUGAACCGUACGGCUUCCUGAUAGAUUUAUGUUGUCUCGAUCAUGUUUCGGAAUUAUCCGUACCGAAAACUAACAACGAAAAUGACGACGAGCAGCAGUUACACAAAUUUUUACAAAAUAAAAAGUAUUUAGAAAGCUUAUUCGAACAGCCAAUCGCGUAUUGGCAUGAAUUGAUUAAGAAGUACCUUCUCGAAUGGCCUUCAACGAAAAGAACAGUUAUUCUACUCAAGCCGAACAGUGAUCUAUUGAUUGAACAACAAGAGCAAGAUGAACAACGAAUAUCGGAACGCUUCGUUUCACUCGGUUCUGAUGGCCUUCAACGACUGAAAACUGAACUUGAGCAAGCUCGUUUGAAUAAUAAGCAAUCGACAUCUCAAUGUGCAACAAUUUCUCAUCCAUUACUCUCUUUCGACAAUCAACUACAUCUUCCGCCCAUUGAAUAUGACACCAAUGGAAAGCAUCUUGAUUUAUUUCACAGUCCAAACAGCCAUUUUCUCAAAUACACUUUACAUAUUCCAAUCAAACAGCUCGCUUCAGAUCUACAAUUGUAUCUUCCGCUUUUUACCAAUUUACUUUUUCAUACGGCAAUACGAUACGAUAAUGUUCAACUAGAUAAAUAUCACUUCUGUGAAUUGAUUUCACGUGAUAUUCUCGACUACAGUGUUUCAAAUGGUCAAUCAUCUUCAUCGCCAAUACAAUCUAGUUAUAUUCACGGACACUAUCUCGACAUAUUCAUCGUCUCACUACAAUCCUUGAACAAUUUCGAAAUGUGCAAAAACACGAUGGAUUACUUUCGUUAUGCUCUCUUCGGAAGUGUUUUCGAUGAUUAUAAGAUCAUUCUCGAAGAAUGUGAAAAACAAUUGAAGAAUUUCAUCGAAGUAUUACAAGAUGGUCAAACCGUUCAUCAAGCAUAUUUUAAUUCCUUGAUUCACUCAACGAAUACGGAGAGUUAUUAUCAUCAAAUGAAUAUGUUUUUACAAAAAAAUCUCUUGGAAAAGAUUUGUAAACAUCCGAACAAGUAUCAGAACGAAAUUAUAUCGAAAUUGAAACAAAUUCAAAAGUUCAUCUGGAAGAAUUUAUCUCAGAUACACUUAACCGUAUGUGGAAACGUUGAAUUAAUCAAAGACAAUCGGCAAAUCAUCGAACAAUUUAUCAAAGAAUGUCAUGCAAAGAGUCAAGUCGACAUUGAGUCCAGUGCUAACAAGGAUACGAAAGGAAAACACAUACAGACUGUCUCACCUGCAGCUAUUAUUGGUAGUCCGCAUGAAGAAUCUGGUUAUGUUAUCCGUUGGACACGACUUGCAAUAUCUCAAGCUGAUUUCAUUCCUUUGAUGAUCUUCUGUAAUUAUCUCGAUAUGGAAAACGGCCCAUUAUGGACAGCAUGUCGCACAAAUGGUUAUGCCUAUGGUGUCGCAUUUGAUUUCGAUUUUGAAUCCAACGUAAUUCUUCUUUCGAUCAAUCAAUGCUCGCAAUUGAACUUGGCGUACUCCAGUGCGAUGGAAGCGCUGAAAAAUAUCGUCGAACACAAGAUCAAAUUAGAUCCGGAACGAAUAUUAGCGGCACGAAAUCUAACUAUCUGCAUGUUCACUGAACAUCUCGCCACAUUAGGUCGAGUCACCGGUGUUUGCAUUCGUUCAUAUCUCAAUAAGUACUCGAUUGAAAAGUAUCAAGAUUUAUUGCACGACAUCAAUCUCUACAAUUAUAAUGAGACAGUGUUUUUGGAACUGAUCGAAAAGUAUUUACAACCGUUGAUUGACAAUACCCGUUCAUCGACAUUGGUGCUAGUCAAUACAAAUAAGAUGAAGGAAACACAAGCAUAUUUACAAAACGAACACGACAUAAAAACCGUGACAGCAAUCAAAGAUGUAGUGAAAGCAAUAUGUCGUUAA